AUGAUGAGGAUAUGUCGAGGAAUCCCUGCUGGCAUAGCGGCGUUCUCGCUACUGGGACUCCUACCCACAUAUGUGGUCGGAGUCCCCCUCGUCCCACUAUCCUUCCUCGGGUUCGGCACCAUCUUCAACUUCCCCACCUCCACCUCCCCCGACGUGCUCCACCUCUCCGGAUCCCAACCGUCCCACACGAUAUCCUACGUCUCUCCGUCCCUCUCGCUUUCCACCGACCUCCAUCCAGCAACGAACGUCUGGGUCCAAGACGCCAGCAUCACCCGCGAGUCCCUCGAGCCGCAGCUUUUGACGUACGCCAAGGUCGACGACGUCUGGUCCAAGGACUUCCUCAGCACGCUGGUGAUCUCGUACAGAGGCGGUAGCCCCGCACGGAUCGAAGUGAGCGCGUACCUAUGGCUGAAGACGCUCGGUGUCCGCCAGGUGCUGCUCGAGGGCCCGAUCCAGCGCCCGCCGAACGAGAAGAUCCCGAGCUCGCAGAUCGUGUUGAGGGAGGUGAUACCCCCCGGCCCGCUGGUGCUUCAGCAGAGGAGAGAUGGAAAGGAGGGAAUCACGGUGCAUGCCGUGUAUAGGCUGUACCCUGAUGAGUAUGAGGCGUUUGCGUUUGGCACGAUUCCGAACGUGGUGCAGGGCGGGUGGAUCUUGACGAAUAUCACCACCCCUGCGCAGCCUGCUUCGGAGCGGGAGGAAGAGGAAGGGCCGACGCCCCAGCUCAUACCCGUGCCCUCGCGUCUGACGAUGAUCUCAACCCGGAACCUACCCCUCGCAGGCACGCGCUUCGGUCUCAAAGACAUAUUCGACGUCGAAAACCUGCCUACCUUCGCUGGGUCCACGGCCUUUUCCCUCGUCAACCCCCUGCCCACCUCCACCGCACCUUCCGUACAAGUCCUCCUCUCUCUCGGUGCCUCCCUCGUCGGCAAGACCCGCACGUCGCAAUUCGCACAUGGGGCACAACCCUGGGAGUUCCGUGACGUAGGUUACUCGUACAACCCGAGAGGCGAUGGGUAUCUGAGCGCGUCGGCGUCGAGCUCGGGCAGCGCAUGUGCGGUUGCAGGCUAUGAGUGGUUGGAAUUUGGGGUUGGGAGCGAUACGAGGGGCAGCGUGCGGAAGCCGGCAGCGCUGGUAGGUGUGUACGGGAUCAGACCAACACAUGGGGCGUUGCCUCUGGAUGGGGUGCUGCCGUUGUCGGAGGAAAUGGACACGGCCGGGUUCUUCGCGCGCCAUCCGAUGAUUUUUGAUCAGGUUGCAAGGAGCUGGUAUGCGGACUCGUUGGUCGUCAGCAGACGACCAACCUCGCGUUUCCCGAAGAAGCUGCUCUACCCAACGGACCAUUUCCACAUGAAGAGUCUAGCGGCGCAGAAGCUCGUCGACGAGUUUGUCCGUUCGCUUCAAACCCAUCUCAAAAUGAAACCCGUACACACGAAUUUCACCGAGAUCCUCACUCCGUUCUUUCCCAACGGGAGCUUUGCAGCCUUCCAACUCUCCUCAAAUACGCUAGCAGAGUACCGCUCCUGGCAAUCCGUGGGCAAGCCCACAAUCCUCGCGUUCGAAGAUCGGUUUGGCGAGAAACCGGUCUUCGACCCGGUCCCUCAGCGGGUGUUCGCACGCGCCCAGUCAAUAUCCGAACAGGACUUCAAUGAGGCGGUGGAAGUGAAGAAAUCAUUUCGCACCGCUCUGGCGACGCACGUCUUCAAAGACGACCGCGCCUCGUGUUCCGAUGCGCUCUUCAUGUACGACGCAGGCACAGGCGGGCACCCGUCCUACCGCGUCGAGGAAUUCAACCACCUCGCCGGGUCUGUUCCUGUCCUCCUCACCUCUCCGCCGCCAGGACACCCACACCCUCCCAAAUCUUCUGAGUACUUCCACUACGUCGCCUCGAUGGCCGACCUGCCCGAGGUGGCGAUCCCGCUCGGAGAAGCACCGUAUUUCAGCCAGGUGAGCAGGCGGUGGGAGUCGAUACCUGUCGCGGUGCAGCUUGUGGCGAGGAGGGGAUGUGAUGUGGUUUUAUUGGAUUUGGUAAAGAGGCUGGCAGAGAAGGGGGUUGUUGGGCCGGUUGAGGUGGGUAGGUCGUUGGAGAUGCCAUAA